CUCAGACCUGUUGUCCUUGUUGAAAACUGCCUGACAGACUUUACAGAGGGAACAAAAGUACAGAAUGAGUCUGACUCAUUGGAAGCUAUUCAGCUUUGCAGACAUAGACUGAGGAUCAUCAGACACUGAAAUGUCAUCUACAGUGAAACAAGCAGUUUCAGAGCUUUCUCUACCAGUCCCAUGGGGGGAGAUCAGAGGCAAAAUCUGGGGUCCCGAUCACGGUCGUCCUGUGCUGUGCCUGCAUGGCUGGGCUGACAACUGUGGUACCUUCAACACUCUCAUUCCCCAUCUACCCAAGGAGUGCAGAUACGUGGCGGUGGACCUGCCAGGUCAUGGUCUUUCAUCUCAUCGUCCUCCUGGAGUCUUCUACUCCUUUUCUGCAUAUGUGGCGGAUGUACGCAGAGUUGUUAACGGUCUUCAGUGGACAAAAUUCUCCAUCAUAGGCCACAGUAUGGGUGGCAACAUUGCUGCGAUGUUCAGUGCACUGCAUCCUGAGAUGGUGGAAGCCCUCAUUCUCCUGGACGCUUUUGGAUUUUUACCUAUAAAUCCAACAGAAAUAUCCAAAGUGAUGAGGCAGGGGAUGGAUGAGAUGCUGCAGUUUGAAAAACAGACAGAAGACAAGAGAAGACUUUACACUUAUGAGAAGGCAGUUGAGAGGUUGUUAGCUGCCAACCCGACUCUGUCUGAAGAGUCUGUGAACAUCCUUUUAGAGCGAGGUCUAGUUCAAGUUGAAAGAGCAGGAUUUGAGUUCUCCAGAGACCUGCGAAUUAAUUUUAAAAAUAUAGAGCGUGUCAGUCUGGAGCAGAGUCUGGAGAUGCAGUCCAGGAUACAAGCCUCCAUCCUAGUUAUUCUAGCAGACGAAGGCUUCGGUAAAACAUUUCCAGAAUCAGACCAACAGAAAGUGACCAACACGCUUCUCCAAGGCUAUCGUGACAGAAAUCACACAGUGGUGACAGUACCAGGCAAUCAUCACGUCCAUCUGAAUAAUCCUGAAGUCAUUGCACCGUUUGUGUCCAACUUCCUGCAGACCAAAGUGCUCUCACAGCAGCUGCCAGCUUAGUGGAUGGAUGCCAAAGUUAAACCAAUGCACAAAUAUAUCUUCAUUGUAAAGAUUGUAACCAUUAGGUCUCACUAAACCUUGAUUAUAUCACUUCAUUUCCAUAAUAUGAUAUAUGCAUUUUCCAUCUUAUACAUUUUCAUUAGCUACUUGGUAUAAUAAUGUC